GUUAGUCAAUGGCCUUUUUCCGUUUAAAAACACGCUACUGUUCUUCUUAGCGCUGUUUUAAAGCGUAAAAAACCUCUACUAAUGGCCUUUCGUUAGUCAAUCGCUGUUCUUCUAAUCUUCCGUACCCAGCUUUCACCGUUCUCCCCUCAUCUUCUUUGCGCGUCUCCGCUCACGAAAUAUCCAGGCCGGUCGAACCCUUCUCCCAUCUCUGUUCACGGAUCGUUCUCUUCUAUUUUCGUCAAUUUCAUCCGCUGCUACGAUUAUCCAAGUACCUACAGGUUGGGAUUGUUUUUUGCAGAAAAUCUCCUCACGGGUUAUAGUGUGAAUCGGUGCUCCAUAUACUUCGAGCAGUUCCAUCUCAACGAUUUCUUCAUCACUGAAAUGGCAGCUGUCUACAGCUUCUAUAUCAUCAACAAAUCAGGAGGCCUUAUUUUCUACAAGGAUUAUGGUUCAGCUGGAAGGAUGGAUACCAAUGAUAGUUUGAGGCUGGCAAGUUUGUGGCAUUCAAUGCAUGCCAUCUCUCAGCAACUCUCUCCUAUCAAUGGUUGCUCUGGCAUUGAACUCCUUCAAGCCGACACCUUUGAUCUUCACUGCUUCCAAUCUCUAACUGGGACAAAAUUUUUUGUGGUAUGUGAGCCUGGAACGCUGCAUAUGGAACCCCUCUUGAAAUGUAUAUACGAAUUGUACACAGAUUAUGUGUUGAAGAACCCUUUCUAUGAAAUGGAGAUGCCGAUUCGGUGUGAGCUCUUCGAUAUGAACUUGGCACUUGCCGUACAGAAGGACCGUGUCGCAUUAUUAGGAAGAUAGAUGGACAACUCUUCCUGAAAAGAACACAACUAUAGCGUUUCGAAAAUUAGUGUACAUCGUGCAUGUUUGCAUGUUUCUUUUUCUUAAUAUAUUAUUAAUUUCGAGUCCUCUUACCUGUCCUGUAUUCUCAAUUUCAUUUGCUACUUGGCAUUGCAAGUUAUAUACUGUAUGAUUUAGGCGUGUUUACAAUGAGUUUAGCUGUCCACCAUGCAAUGUGGGGGGUCCGUGUGAAGGGCUUUUGGUGAAUAUAAUACGAAGUAAUAUUAUUCUAUCUAUUUUACUCUCAAUUCUAAUAGCAUUUACCUCCCUUCAAAUCGUG